CUGUCACUAUCGCGUGGAAGAAAAGGGAGACCAAAAAAAGCUGCAUUUUUUUUUUUUUACCUUGUGGGAGGUGAAGAAAAGCUCUUUAGAAUCUUUUACUUGCAAGAGAGAGAGAGAAAACAAAGAGGAGAUAAAAGCAGCGUUUUGCAUCAUACUCGCAGAAAUCAGCCCAAUUGUUUCUUGGGCUGGCCAGCAGAACCACUGAGAGAGAGUUUUAUUUAACCAGUCAGGAUGAUAGCUGCACAGCUUCUGGCCUAUUACUUCACAGAAUUAAAGGAUGAUCAGGUCAAAAAGAUUGAUAAAUAUCUGUAUGCCAUGCGGCUCUCUGAUGAAACGCUGAUGGAUGUUAUGGCUCGCUUCAGGAGAGAGAUGCAGAGUGGGCUUUCCAGGGAUUUCAACCCAACAGCCUCAGUGAAGAUGCUGCCUACAUUUGUAAGGUCAAUUCCAGAUGGAUCAGAGAAAGGAGAUUUCAUUGCACUGGAUCUCGGUGGAUCUUACUUUCGUAUUCUGCGAGUGAAAGUCUCCCAUGAGAAAAAGCAAACAGUACAAAUGGAAACUGAGAUUUAUAAUACUCCAGAAGAUAUUAUGCAUGGCAGUGGAACACGGCUUUUUGAUCAUGUUGCUGAGUGUUUAGGAGACUUCAUGGAGAAACAAGAAAUCAAGGACAAGAAAUUGCCAAUUGGGUUCACAUUUUCUUUCCCAUGCAGGCAAUCCAAACUCGAUGAGGGUUAUCUGAUAACCUGGACAAAGCGCUUCAAAGCAAGUGGAGUUGAGGGAGCAGAUGUAGUGAAGCUCCUAAACAAGGCAAUCAAGAAACGUGGGGAUUAUGAUGCAGACAUUAUGGCAGUUGUUAAUGAUACCGUAGGAACAAUGAUGACCUGUGGAUAUGACGACCAGCGUUGUGAAGUUGGCUUGAUUAUCGGUACUGGCACAAAUGCCUGUUACAUGGAGGAAAUGAGACACAUUGAUCUGGUGGAAGGCGACGAAGGGCGGAUGUGUAUCAAUACUGAAUGGGGAGCAUUUGGAGAUGACGGCUUGUUAGAAGACAUCCGGACUGAAUUUGACAGAGAGAUUGACCGGGGUUCCCUUAAUCCUGGGAAGCAACUAUUUGAGAAGAUGGUCAGUGGCAUGUACAUGGGUGAACUUGUCAGGCUGAUCCUUGUAAAAAUGGCAAAAGAAGGUCUGAUUUUUGAGGGACGAAUCACUCCUGAACUUCUAACCAAAGGAAAAUUGGAAACUAAGCAUGUUUCUGCCAUAGAAAAGAGCAAGGAAGGUUUGCAGAAAGCCAAAGAGAUACUGACACGUCUUGGGGUUGAGCCCUCCCAUGAAGACUGCAUUGCUGUCCACCAUGUAUGCACAAUAGUUUCAUUCCGCUCUGCAAACCUGGUGGCUGCUGCUCUGGGAGCCAUCCUGUGCCAGCUGCGGGACAAUAAGGGAGUUGGCCGUCUGCGUACCACGGUGGGGGUUGACGGCUCCCUUUACAAGAUGCACCCACAAUACUCUAGACGUCUGCAAAAAACGGUGAGACGCUUAGUGCCUGACUCUGAGGUGCGUUUUUUGCUGUCUGAAAGUGGCAGUGGGAAGGGUGCUGCAAUGGUGACAGCUGUCGCCUACAGGCUGGCUGAGCAGCACCGGCUCAUCACAGAGACCCUGGCUGAAUUCAAGCUGACCAAUGAGCAGCUGCUUCAGGUGAAGAAGAGGAUGCGCGUGGAAAUAGAAGCUGGCCUUAGGAAGAAAUCUCACGACCACGCAAAGGUCAAAAUGCUGCCCACCUUCGUCCGCAGCACACCCGAUGGAACAGAGAAUGGAGACUUUCUGGCUCUGGAUCUUGGAGGAACAAACUUUAGAGUUUUGCUUGUGAAGAUCCGAAGUGGUAAAAGGAGAAUGGUGGAAAUGCACAAUAAAAUAUAUGCAAUUCCUAUAGAGGUUAUGCAGGGGACUGGAGAAGAGCUGUUUGAUCACAUUGUUUCCUGCAUCUCGGACUUCCUGGAUUACAUGGGAAUAAAAGGUGCACGACUACCUCUUGGCUUUACAUUUUCUUUCCCUUGCAAACAGACAAGCUUAGAUGCUGGCAUCCUUCUGAAUUGGACCAAAGGCUUUAAGGCUACUGACUGUGAAGGAGAAGAUGUUGUUAAUUUGUUAAGGGAAGGAAUUAAACGAAGAGAGGAAUUUGACUUGGAUGUUGUGGCAGUAGUGAAUGAUACAGUUGGGACUAUGAUGACUUGUGCCUAUGAAGAGCCAAAUUGUGAAAUUGGACUCAUUGUGGGAACUGGCAGCAAUGCAUGUUACAUGGAGGAAAUGAGAAAUAUAGAGAUGGUAGAAGGAGAGCAGGGAAGAAUGUGUGUGAACAUGGAGUGGGGUGCGUUUGGAGACAGUGGAUGCCUAGAUGACAUCAGGACGAUCUAUGACAAAGCUGUUGAUGAAUACUCAUUAAAUAGUGGCAAGCAAAGAUAUGAAAAAAUGAUCAGUGGAAUGUACUUGGGGGAAAUUGUCCGCAACAUUUUGAUUGACUUCACAAAAAGAGGAUUCCUCUUUAGAGGUCAAAUUUCAGAAACACUGAAAACUAGGGGCAUUUUUGAAACCAAGUUCCUUUCACAGAUUGAGAGUGAUAGGUUAGCACUGCUUCAGGUUCGUACAAUCCUCCAGCAGCUGGGUCUGAACAGCACCUGUGACGACAGUAUCAUUGUCAAGAUGGUGUGUGGGGCAGUGUCGAGAAGAGCAGCCCAGGUGUGUGGGGCUGGAAUGGCUGCUGUUGUAGAUAAAAUAAGGGAGAACAGAGGAUUGGACCAUCUGGAUGUAACUGUGGGAGUAGAUGGUACACUUUAUAAACUUCAUCCACACUUUUCAAAAAUCAUGCACCAAACUGUAAAGGAUCUGGCGCCUAAAUGUGACGUGACAUUCCUUCUUUCUGAAGAUGGCAGCGGCAAAGGGGCUGCCCUCAUCACUGCUGUAGGAUGUAGACUCCGCGAUGCUGAGCAGAACUGAACUCUGCAGCACUGGCUUAUUCUGCCUUCUGAGCACUUUCUUGUAAAGCAGCAGUUCUGUAGUCUGAACUGGCAGGGAGUCCUCAGAAUUCACUGCUUUAUGGAAGAGUUGGAGUUUAAAAACAAUAGGAUCCUGAAUAGAGUGUGCUGUUGCUGUUAAUAUCUCCCAUCUCUGAACCCUGGUCUGCAUGUGUCUUUUUCUGCCCUAUUUGGUACAUUCCCCCUGUGUUGAUCAAUUAAAGAAAAAAGAAUCUAUACUUUAAACAGACGUCAAAAAUAAGUUUAUUAUUUGAGGUCUAAAGUUACAGCCAAAUAAUAUACAUGAACAAAGAGCAGGUGAUAUUCUGUGUCAAGUGUAUUUUUUCCAGCUGCUACUACAUCCUUAUUAAAUAAAUAUACUACCAACGAUGUUGAAUAUGAGACAAAUGCUUAUGCAAAGGGGACUUAACAGUUCCCUUCUGAAUUUUUAGCCUAACAUUGUUUCACUUUUCAAACAACCUCAGAGCUUUCACAGCUGUUGGGCAGCACUGUGUGCUCAUGUAAUUCUCUGUAGCCAGAUUUCUCUUAAGAACAGGAAUGGUCUCCUCUUCAUAUUCAGUCAUGGGAGGGAAAGAAUAAAUGUCCCCACAUGUCUAGUAUCACUGGAAUUUCCCAUUGCUUUGGUGAAUGAUGAUGUCUUAUUUGAAAGUAAAACAUGUAUUGUUUCAAAAGGCAAGCCUCUACUAGUAAAAUAAAGCGAGUGAGUGAUCAAGGGUAAUCCAAAUCUCUAGCCAUAGAAAAAAUCAUGGAUGUAAAUGCCUUUGGCUGUAUUCUAUAGAGCUGAGGAUUUAAAAUAAAAAUAAGAGGGGAUUUUGUUGUCCCUGCAUUACUUUGUGUCUUGUUGACAGUCACUUCCAAUAUAAUAUUCUGAGCACACGGAUAAACUUCGAAGCAAUCAUGUGAGCACCUUCACAUAGAAAUGUUGCAACUGUCAGGUUCUGUUCAUGGAUUCACAUCUGGAAAAGGUACAUCUAUGGAUAAUCCUUACAUACUGUUUCCAUGGUGCUCAUAUGAUUGUUUUUAUUUACAUCAUGCCAAGUCUACAGCCAAAUAGUCUGAAAAACAAAUGAAUUGUAUUCUACCUUCUAGCGGAUCCCACUGGACAAAAUCACAUGGAUUUAAAUGGAGCUGGAUUACACCCAUGAUAUUUUGGAGAUUAAACUUGCAUAUUAUUUGUAAAGUGACUUUAAUGUCGGACCCAGACUUUUUAAUAUAUAGAUAGUGCUGUUGAACAAUGACAUGUCAUCUAUAUCUAGCUUCAAGGAACAACUCUGGCCAGAUUGGGGUGGAGCAAGGGAUACUCAAGGCACCUGGAAAAGCAAUGUGAAAAGCUAGCACUACAAAAGCCCAGGUACAUAAUCACAAGCACAUCACAGUCACAUGGUGAACUUUAGCUACAUUUGGAAUUUGUACUAGUGAGCAAAAAUGGCUAUGUGGUUAAUACAUUUUCUCUUCCUGUUUGGAAAUGUGUAAUACCGAAUGAGUGAGCUGGUCUUUGAUUUCAAGUUGAGAAACAAUUUCACCAUCUUACAAUGAGGCAGUCUUUACGAGUUGCAAACAGUAGCACAAUUGCCUUCUGUAGCCAUGGUUCCUUCCAUUCUCCCAAGUUAUGAAAUGAUGCUGUUUGUGAAACCAACCCUAUUAUUAGCAAUCAUAACAAGAGGUUUGCAGACUAUUUCUCUUCUCUGCUCCUCAAGAUUUGGAUUGCCCUAGCUACUAAUAAACAUUUCAAUAUACAUUAUGGUGCACUGUGAUCAAAUGUUGUGUGGUCAUGUAAAAGUCACAAGCAGUUAUCUCAGCUUUAAGUGUGUGUGCGUGUGUGUGUCUUCAAGAACUGCAUGACUACCCAGUUUUGCGAUGCUAGAAAGUCUUUUUACAUUACCCACUAGUAGCAAUGAUACUAGUGCUAAAUGGAUUAUUUGUGACAAUAUUAAACUUUAUUUUGAUGUGUG